AUGAGCGGCCGCAGUAGGGGUCGGAAAAACUCCCGCGCCAAAAGCCGAGGCAAAGGCCACGCCAAAGCCCGAGUCCGGGCUUCUCCUGACGACGGCCCGCACCACCCGGACCCUCCACAGUUCCAGAGGCUCGAGGAAGACACCACGGCGGCACAGGUGCAGGCUGGCGCGGGUUGGGGUGGCCUGGAAACCGCUGCGUCCGCGCCGUCCCCCCCGCCCGGGGAGGAGGCUGCCCGCCGACCCCCCCUGGACUGUGGCCUCGCGCUCUGGGCCCGAGCUGCCGGGGAACAAGGGCAGGCCGCGACCAGGCCCGGCCUGGGGAAGGCCACUUCUAUCUCGGAGCGCCUGUCCACAGACACUGUCUUCGUGGGAACUACGGGAACCGUGGGAAGGCCGAAAAAUGGCCCCCGCGUCGGAAAUCGGCGUGGCCCAGCUGGGAAGAAGGGCCCAGAAACCCUUAGUGCCGUGGGGAGGGCACCUCAGGCCAUAGCUAGUGGAAAGCCGAAGAAAGGGACGGCCGGAGAGUGUACCUCCGUCUCAAUGGAGGAGGAAAAGAAGGUGGAGAAGAAUGCAGGGUCAGGGCCCCCGGCGACAGAAGGCAGCAUGGAUACUCUGGAGAACGUCCAGCUGAAGCUGGAGACCAUGAACGCCCAGGCGGACAGGGCCUACCUUCGCCUCUCACGCAAGUUUGGGCAGUUGCGACUGCACCACUUAGAGCGGAGGAAUCUCCUGAUCCAGAAUAUCCCUGGCUUCUGGGGGCAAGCUUUUCAGAACCACCCCCAGUUAUCGUCCUUUCUGAAUAGCCAAGAUAAAGAGGUACUCAGCUACUUGAACAGCUUGGAGGUGGAAGAGCUUGGCCUUGCUAGAUUGGGCUACAAAAUCAAGUUCUACUUCGGCCGCAACCCCUAUUUCCAAAAUAAGGUGCUCAUCAAGGAAUAUGGGUGUGGUCCUUCGGGUCAGGUGGUGUCUCGUUCCACUCCAAUUCAGUGGCUCCCAGGGUAUGAUCUCCAGUCUCUAAGCCAGGGAAACCCAGAAAACAACCGUAGCUUCUUUGGGUGGUUUUCAAACCACAGCUCCAUUGAAUCUGACAAGAUUGUCGAGAUAAUCAACGAGGAACUGUGGCCCAAUCCCCUGCAGUUCUACCUUAUGAGGGAGGGGGCCCGUGGAGAGAAAGGAAAGGAGGCCAGGCAAGGUCCCUCAAAGCAGCCAGUGGCUACCCCUGGGACUAGGGUGAACCAGUCCAACUGAUGCUGCGCAAGUCUCCCUACUACCUCCUGCUGGACCUGUUCCUGGCUGACUGUAUGUUUGGCUGCCUUCUCUUGAUGUU